CCUCUCCCUCUCCCUCCCUCUCCCCUAUCUCCCACUUUCUGUGGAGCCUCAUGUACGUGAUCCUCAGAGCUACACCCAGCCAGGCUACAGGCUCUUCACAGAGGACUGUUCAUCUGGUGACUACUGAUCUCCUUCUUGUAUUUACUCCUGUCUCAUCCUUCCUAUAGUUAGUUUAUUUUAUCUUCUCUGACUUUACUGCACUGCUUGCCUCUCUACUUUUGGUUUUUAUUCAAUUUCAUCCCUCAUUCCUUUUUCCUUUUAUUAGUUUUCAUUCUGGUUCUUUAUACCAGUCUCUCAUCAAGAAGAGGCUAAUUUUAUUUGAAUAUCUAACUGAUUCACUUAAUUUAUUAUUAUUAUUUUUUAUAUUGACCUCUAUAUCCCUUUGUUUUUUAUGAUUUAAGGGAUUUGUUUCAUCCUAUUAUUUUUACAGCCUUCAACUCUGUUAUACCCAACACUUUUAAAACCUGCAGGUACAAUGUGGUCUAACUUUUUCAUGCAGCAGGAAGAGGAUGCUCGAAUGGGUGGGCAUGUGGGAACUGGGGCCGGGGCUGGGGGAGGGGGUGGGCGCAGUAAAAACAGAGCCAGGUCCUCACACAUGAGUGAAAGUCAAGAGGGCAAGAUCAAGAUGGCAUUUUUUGUGGCUAUCGUGGGUGUGACUCUGACCGUGCUGGGCCUGGGCACAGAGUUCUGGGUAGAACUGGCACAGCCCAAACACUUCCAAAAUAGCCAGUCAUGUCAGAUGGUGCACUACGGCCUGUGGAAGGCCUGCACCCGCACACUCUGGGUGUCCGACAUUGACCCGGAGAGAGAGAGCUGCGGCCCUGCAGAGCUGCCUGGAGAAUCUAACUGCACAUACUUUAAGUUCUACACUUCGGGAGAAAAUGCAGUCAUUUUUAAGAAAACAACAGAUAAAAAUUUAAGUCUGGCAUCAGCGAUGCUGGCACUGUUCAGUUUGUUUCUAAUGGUGAUGGGCUCCGUGUGUAUUAUCAUGUCUCUCACGAAGAAUGUACCCUUCCUCCUCAAGCCUGCUUCUGUCUGCUUCCUCAUCUCAGGGAUCCUGAUCCUGCUGUCCAUCAUAGUUUUCCACCAAUCGGUACUGGCAUUGCUGGCGAGUGAUCACAGUGUCCCUCUGCAUUAUGAGCUGUCCUGGUCAGUGGCGUGUGUAGGCUCGGCCGGGGCCAUCCUUCUUGUUGGCGGCAUUCUCUUCCUGUUGCUUUCUUUACCCUUCAAUCCUUUCAAGAAAUGCAUAAUGCACCAGAACAGCAGUGCCUAGCAGACUGGACCAUUUUUUUUUACUUAUAGAUAUUAAUAAGCUGACAGAAUUAAAGACUGACAGGUUACAAAGACUCGCAAUGGUACAUAAAAUUUUCUGGCAAUUGAUUGACCCAGAAUUAGAUUUUGAAACUGCUGAAUUAAGCACUGAGUGGCCACUUUAUUGGUUAAGAUAUAUGAUAUAGUAGAAUAGAGCUUGGGUUGUUUGAUUUUUAUUAGAUAAUAGACACCAAUCAGUUAUUACUGUAAAGGGAUAUAUUCAUGUAAAGCUGCAUUCAUGAUGCCCAGGAACUCCACUCUGAACUUUCUUCUUCCCUCUUCUUACCUCAAAAUCUUCACACACUUCAGCUGUGUAAAGUUGAAGAAAAAAAAAAGUCAUUUGUUGUUUGAUUUCUGUGGGGAUAUAAGAAGUGCUGAAAUAGCUUGGUCCUAUAAAAGUGGAAGUGUGAUGUAUACUAUGGUGGUUCACCACUGAUAGAAGGAAAAGAAACAUGAGUGCGCAGUUUGAUUAAAAAAAAAAAAAAAAAAAAAAAACUGGCACAAAAUUAAUCUUUCAAUUGUUCCACUAUCAAACACAAAUUAAAACAAGUUUGGUUAAAAAUCAUGAAACAAACUACUAGAUAUUUUUAGAUAACUUUCUCCUGUUGGCACUGUUAUGUUGAAAUGACAUUAGAGAAUUCCAGCUUGGAGAAAGUCUGAUUUCAGAGUGGGAAUUGACUUGGAGGGCCGUUCAGAAAUCUCCUGAAACUUUCUGGUUCCCAGUAGACCGUGAAUGCAGCAUUAGCUUUGCACAGUACCCAGAUAAUUGCUGACCUGUAAUGUUCAAGUUAUUAGCCGAAUUUUGCAUUACAUGACUUCAAAGUUCUAAGGUCUAUUGCAUGUUAAACUUCAGCUGUUCCAGACUUUAGUUUGUAAAUGAAGUGUGUUCUCAGACAGCAUGGUAAAAGAGCAAGAAGUAGCAUUUUUACAUUUCGUUCUCAUUAGCUUUAAGUAAUACGGCCCACCUCUCACUCUGGAACAUUCCACACCAUUUUAUGCUCAUUGUCCUUCAAACACUAUAUUGCCAAAAGUAUUGGGACACCCCUACGCAUCGUUGAAUUCAGGUGUUCCAAUCACUUCCAUGGCCACAGAUGUAUAAAAUCAAGCACCUAGGCAUGCAGACUGCUUCUACAAAGAAUGAAUGGAUCGCUCUCAGGAGCUCAGUGAAUUCAAGCGUGGUACCAUGAUAGGUUGGCACCUGUGCAAGAAGUCCAUUCGUGAAAUUUCCUCACUACUAAAUAUUCCACGAUCACCUGUUAGUGGUAUUAUAACAAAGUGGAAGCAAUUGGGAGCAACAGCAACUCAGCCAUGAAGUGGUAGGCCAUGUAAAAUCACAGAGCGGGGUCAGCGCAUGCUGAGGCCCACAGUGCACAGAAGUCGCCAACUUUCUGCAGAGUCAAUAGCUACAGACCUCCGAACUUCAUGUGGCCUUCAGAUUAGCUCAAGAACAGUGCGGUGCGUAGAGAACUUCAUGGAAUGGGUUUCCAUGGCCGAGCAGCUGCAUCCAAGCCUUACAUCAACAAGUGCAAUGCAAAGCACGCCGCCACUGGACUCUAGAGCAGUGAAGACGUGUUCUCUGGAGUGACGAAUCACGUUUCUCUGUCUGGCAAGCCGAUGGACGAGUCUGGGUUUGGCAGUUGCCAGGAGAACGGUACUUGCCUGACUGCAUUGUGCCAGGUGUAAAGUUUGGUGGAGGGGGGAUUAUGGCGUGGGGUUGUUUUUCAGGGGUUGGGCUUGGCCCCUUAGUUCCAGUGAAAGGAACUCUUAAUGCUUCAGCAUACCAAGACAUUUUGGACAAUUGCAUGCUCCCAACUUUGUGGGAACAGUUUGGGGAUGGCCCCUUCCUUUUCCAACAUGACUGCGCACCAGUGCACAAAGCAAGGUCCAUAAAGACAUGGAUGAGUGAGUUUGGUGUGGAGAAACUUGACUGGCACAGAGUCCUGACCUCAACACGACAGAACACCUUUGGGAUGAAUUAGAGCGGAGACUGAGAGCCAGGCCUUCUCGUCCAACAUCAGUGCCUGACCUCACAAAUACGCUUCUAGAAGAAUGGUCAAAAAUUCCCAUAAACACACUCCUAAACCUUGUGGAAAGCCUUCCCAGAAGAGUUGAAGCUGUUAUAGCUGCAAAGGGUGGGCUAACUCCAUAUUAAACCCUACGGAUUAAGAAUGGGAUGUCAUUAAAGUUCACGUGCAUGUAAAAGCAGACAUCCCAAAACUUUUGGCAAUAUAGUGUAUCAGAUUUUAAUGGAAAAUUUUAUUUACUGUACCUGAAAUUUUCUUUGCAUUUUACCUGUAGUCAUUCCCAACAGGUUCAAGUGGUGGGCUUUGUCUGGCAAGGUUUGAAAGCUUUGUCAGGAAAAUACUUCAGUGCACUCUCAUAUAUCCUUUGGUUAGAAUUGGGUUAGAAGCUAUUUACUGUGGUGGCCUGUAAGUACAAAAUAACAGAUACAGCAAAUCAGUAAACACAACAACAAAACCCAAACGCAACAGCAGAUUCAGCAACAUGACAGUAAAUGACAGUUCAUAUUGCUGUGUUUCUGAAUUCGCUGCUGUGUUUUAGUGUUGUUGUUGUGGUUUCUGAUUUGCUGUUACGUUUUUUUGUUUUUUUGUUUUGCACUUACAUGCCACUGCAAUUUACCUAAUAGUUUACCUGUAGUUUUAGUUUGUAGUGCAUUGUGACUGUCCAAUGUAGUGGCAAUAGCUCAUUGUACUCUUAGUGACUUACAUACUUUCUACUUUCUACUUUCUACUUGUACCUGUGUUUGGGUCCCCUAGUAGAACAUCUGGCUGUAUGGUGGCAGCUUGCAGACUUGUUUAGUAGCUAUUAUGCUGAUCUGCAAGAGCUCAGAGUGUGUGUCAGUGCUGUGGGUAAAGGGACGCAUCAAAGGGAUGUGAUUAAGAUCAAAGAAAUGAGAUCAUACAUGAAAAUCUCAGAUUCACAGAUGAGAGAGUGCAUUAAGAAGUCACAUGGUAAUAUUAGCUACAUUUUUUUCUUUUAAUAUUCAUUGUCCUUUCAGCAGGAAGCUUGGUCUUGCUUUGUAUUUGGGUCUCUAUGCCAGCACUGUAUAGUAUUUUCCCCGCAGCUAUACUGUUUAAUAAUUAAAGAGUAAAAUGCCUGGGGAAUGUUACAGAAGAGCUGAAGGAGUUUUAUAUUGUGCUGGUUGGUCGGACACAUCUAAAUCCCAUUUGAUUUCAUUAUCAGCCAACAUACAGUGCUAUGUGAAUAUGUAUUAUGGGUUAGCAAAAAUCAGUCCAGCUUAACAAAGCUGGUGUCAGCUUUAUAACCUUCAGCUAAAUUUUAUGCCGCUUGUGGCAUAUAAUAAAUAAAUAACAUGAAACAUUUCUAAACCAGUCAAUAAGUCUUUCAGAUUUCUGAAGUCUACAUGCUCUUCAAUUUGAUACUUGGCAAUGGUAUGCUAGAAUACUGCUUAUUAGUGGCUUUGAAUGUUUCGAAAUUAAUAUUUAUUCUGUCUUAAAUUAUGGAAAAUGUGUGUUCUGUAUGUUCUUACUGUAUGAAAUGUAAAUGAUGUAUGAUGUAUUUUUUUGACUUUGUAUUAUACACAGACCUUACACACAGGCUGUAAAUAAUGUGUUUAUAUUUCACUCUGGAAAGCUUCUUUUUCAUUUUCACCCUGUUAAUAACCCUUUCCACUGUUAAUAUAACUCUUUUUUUCAGGUCCUUGUUUGUUGCAAUGUAUAUGUCACCUUCACUGUAUAGUUUUGCUUGAGAAUUAAAUCUUUUGCACACAGGA